CUUCUUCUUCGUCUCAAAACCUCAUAGCCCUAGCUCAAUGCUGCCUGUGCUUUGACCUGUGUUUAUCAUAAAUCAUGGGUGUGUUCACUUACGAGACAGAGACCGUCUCUGUGGUACCUCCUGCUAAACUAUACAACACUUUUGUAAAACAAUUCGACACCAUCUUUCCAAAGGCUAAUCCCUCCGUUAAAAGUGUCCAAGUCAUUGAAGGCACUGGAGGCCCUGGAAGCAUCAAGAAAAUCACUUCCGUUGGCCAAGGAGGGAACGCCAUUGAUGUGUUACACAAAGUAGAUGAAAUUGAUGAGGCAAACCUUAGAUACAAUUACAGCGUAGUAGGAGGAAAUAAAUUUCCAGAAAGCUUGGAGAAGGUGUGCUUUGAGACGAAGGUGGUGGGAGGCUGUGACGGCGGAUCCAUCGUGAAUUUCGUCAUCAAAUACCAUACAAAAGGGAACUCACCGCCAGCGGAGGAUCUGGUCAAGAGAGGCAAGAUGAGGGGGGAACAGCUCUUCAAGGUCGUUGCAGAUUACAUUGUGGCAAGCCCCGACUUUAACAUAACUAGCUGCUAG